AUGGCCGAACAGUGCAGCAGCAGCAGCAGUGACCUGAUCGCCGCCGCCUCAGACGAAGGACAGUUGGUUGAAUUGCUGGAUCAAGAACAACAUCCAGCCGUGGUCGACAUCAAAGACAGUUUUCUUUCAAACAUGGAAGCCUGUUUCAAAGCAUUCGACAAAGACAAUGACGGUUUGAUGACGCUGUCCGACUUUGCUGCCUUGUGUCGUACUCUCUUCCGUAAUGAACAAGGAAAAGCUUAUGCCAUAGAGGAUAGUCGAUUGCAAGAAAUGUUUGACGUCUUCGAUCGAAACCAAGAUGGAUAUGUGGAUUUCCAAGAGUUUUCCUUCUGCUGGAAGCAAUGGAUUAAACCCAUUGUCCGCCCUAUUAGCGCUUUGAUCAUAGUCGACGUUCAAAACGAUUUCAUUACUGGAUCACUCUCCAUAUCUAACUGCCCCGCACAGCAGAACGGUCAAGACGUACUGAAACCCACCAAUAAAAUGCUGGAAACCGUACCAUUUGAAGUGGUCUUCUACUCCCUUGAUUGGCAUCCCGAAAACCACGUUUCCUUCAUCGAGAACGUCGGUAAACGUAAACUACAUCCAUCUAGCCAAAAAAAGGCAGAGGAAGCCGUGCUAUACGACACGGUAAUAUUUGAAGGACCUCCCUUGAACGAGCAAAAACUAUGGCCGAAGCACUGCGUCCAAAAUUCUUGGGGAGCAGAGCUCCACUCAGCCGUCAAGGUAAUGGACAACGGGAUCUUUGUCCAUAAAGGAGUUCAUCCGGAUAUCGAUUCGUAUUCCGCUUUUUGGGAUAACAACAAGAUGUCCAAAACUCCAUUGGCAUCUCUAUUGCAAAAAAAGAAAAUUACUGACCUGUACGUUUGUGGAUUAGCCUAUGAUGUUUGUGUCGGAGCGACGGCCAACCAUUCGUUGGAACAUGGCUAUCGAACGAUUUUGGUGGAUGAUGCCAGUCGAGGCAUAUCGCUGGACGAUAUCCAUCACACUCGUGAUAGUCUAGCUGAGAAGAAUGCCGUUGUCGUCCAUUCUUCACAGGUGAAGGAUAUGGUAGAGGGUCGUGAUAGGAGGCCUGAGCUUGGGUACUUUCAAGCUAUGCGUCUACGUCAGUUGCCACAAAAUGGUGGAAUUCGAGAUCCCAGCCCUGAUGACGCCUCACCUCGCGAUUCGGUCAUCUUUCUAACUUAGCCAGCCAUUGCUUUACUGCUAAAUUUUCUGAUGAUUUAUCACAAAUAAGUAAAAGAUCUUCUUAUUCAUCUGUCAGAUGAACCCUAAAAAGAUUUUAAUCAUUAUCUCAGCAAGCAAUUCGAUAGGAUCUGCUUCAAAAUAGUAUCAGUUAACACCAGCAAUGUAAUCUGCCACCUCAGAUUUCAUACCUCUAUUGUUGAUGAGGUCCCACACCUCAUGUUUCACUUUCAUUUCAAAUUAAAAUCUUCGUUGCAACUGGUAGAUAAUUUUCAGGCACUGUAUGAAAGCAUCAUUUAAUCCUUAAUAGUCCGUCCUGUAAAAUGUGAAAAAGUGAUAUUAUUCAUCCCCAUUCAUUGAUUAGUUUUAAAUGUAGGUUAAGAUGCAAUGUAUUUUUUUUCAUACCAUGAUGGGUCAGUUUACAGCUUGCCAUCAUUCCAAUAUGAACUAUUGAGAACUUAAUAACACUAAUCGCCAAGCCAUGGCCAAGCUGUCCAGCCGUAUGUUUACUAAUGAAUCAAAUCCACUGAAUUCAGGUUAUGAUAUCUUUCGCACGUGGUUUGGGUGUUGCAUAAUACAAGUUUACUUAUAACUACUA